AUGAUCAGUCUUCUUCACAAUGAUCUAAACUCUCGCAAUUGCAACCACCAAUCAAAUCUCCGAACCUUAGCUUGUAUUUUUUCCCCAUUCAACUCAGGUACAAUUCUAGAUACGCUCAUUGGUGUCAAUUCUUUUUUAUUGGUACUUCUUUGGCUUUAUUGCUAUAACUAUGACAAAAUGCUUCUUAAGAAAUUAAUCACAACUUAUUAUCAGUUUUCAGUGGAAGGUCUAACUCAAAUUGAUCACAACUUAUAG